CUAAAGACUGGUAACCUAUCUGUAUACUGAGAAAACGAGAGUCACAAUGAAUGGGGCAUCGUUGUAGUAGUACAAUCUUUUGUAAUAACUUAAUAGACUACGAAAAUGGCGACCGGCUGCUGUGGAGUCAAGCGACAGAAAGUUUCUGCUCCUCCCGAAAAUGAAGGAAAUCAUCAUGGAUCUUCAACGUCAUGUUCAACUAGAGAUUAUAUUCCGUCUCCAAGGAACGGUUCGGCAGUUAUACCUCGACCAAAUGGCCUUAGCAACGGACUGAAUACUAGCCUAGCCCGUAUAGUGUGUGAUGAGAUGUGCUAUUUUUGCUUCGAAACUUUGUACAGACAUCUGCACAACGAAGCUCCCGCACCUUCUCCCAAAUUCACCGAUAAACCUUUUCCACUAUUUGUAACAUGGAAAAUAGGGAAAGAAAAACGUCUACGCGGCUGUAUAGGUACAUUUACUGCUAUGAAUCUACAUGAUGGUCUCAGGGAAUAUGCAAUAUCUAGUGCGUUUAAAGAUACGCGAUUUCAACCUAUAACCAGGGACGAGCUCUCGCGCCUUCAUGUCUCUGUAUCCUUGCUGCGUCAUUUUGAAGAUGCCAAAGAUUGGGAAGAUUGGAGGGUUGGUACCCAUGGCAUAAGAAUAGAAUUCUACAAUGACAAGGGGAACAAAAAGUCUGCUACUUAUCUACCUGAAGUCCCUCCUGAGCAGGAGUGGACCAAGAAGCAAACGAUAGACCAUCUUUUGCGUAAGGGAGGGUACACGGUACCGGUAAUACGAGACGAGUUCCGCCGAACUAUACGUGUCACUCGUUACCAGAGCGAAAAACUUACCCAAAGCUAUGCAGACUACUCGGCCUACCACGCCGGUCGCCGACAAGCCAACGGACAUAUUUAAUGAUAGCUUUCGAUGCCAUCGUCUCCAGGUGGCACCUAGUUGUCAACAUUUUCAUCCUCUUUUUAUAUGUGUAUUUUUAACUGUCGUUUUGAAGAUACCGUAGUUUUUUUUUUUAAAGAUACCUUAGGGGUCAUAGGGAUAGUUAAGUGAGGGAGUGUCUAGGGAUAGUUCAGUUUGGGAACGUCUUGUCAAGUAUUGAAUUUGUUUAAAAUAAAUGAUGAUGGGAAAUAGUAGGAAAGUGGAUUUCUGUGUUUAGCUAGAUGGGGCAGACUGUAAAGUUUUCUUUUUUGUUCUUUGAUAUGUUUCAUUCACAGCCGUGGUACAUAAUGUUGGGUCCCGAAUAGACGUGUGCCUAAACAAAUGAAAGCAAAGAGAUAUCCAAGACAGACUAAACUGAACAAAUAAAUUUGGUUAGCCUUUGUUUGGAACCUAUCCAUGCAAUGCUAAGAAAUAUUUUAUUAUACACUAAAUAUUGAAACUCAGGGUGCAUGAUACAGGUACUUGCCUUCCAGCUGGGCCUGGGCCUGGGCUAGUGAUAUGUCAGGUUGGGGCAAGCAGUUUGCAUGUCCAGUUAUAUUUCCCUUCCCGACUGAUGGGCUAGUGAUAUGUCAGGUUGGGGCAAGCAGUUUGCACGUCCAGUUAUAUUCCCUUUGCCCGACUGAUGGGCUAGUGAUAUGUCAGGUUAGGACAAGCAGAUUGCAUGUCCAGUUAUAUUUCCCCUCCGGACUGAUGGGCUAGUGAUAUGUCAGGUUGGGGCAAGCAGGUUGCAUGUCCAUGUAUAUUCCUUUGCCCAACAGUUGCAGGGCAUUACCCCACCUCCCUCCCGUCCCCUCUCCAGCUUUUAUUUGUGGAGGAAAAGUCAAACAAGUGUGGAUUUUAAAGGCAUAAUGUUUUUCUUUAUGUAUGCAUACCAGCCAACUGUUCUCAUUUUGGAGUACUGAAUCCUUAUUUUCCGGCCUUCAAACUUAAAUGUUAUGAAUCCUAGAUUUCUCUCUUUCGUCUGAAACUUCUACAAGAUAGCAUACAGAAUACACAGUUUUCCUGAUUUUACUGUAAGAGAGAUUCCCUACCAGUAUUUCUCUGUUGUGGAAUGUUGGCUGGCAUGCAUGCUCUGUCAGAAGAGAGAGUUUGUAAUGUCAAAAUGAAACAGUGAUGAAUGUCAGAUAACAUAAAUGGUAUCCUAACAAUAUCAGCCAUUUUGUUAAAAAUAACAGGACUUCUCUUGAUGUGAAAAUGAAUUCUUGAUAAGGAUGUCGAUAGCCAUCUUUGUGAAGUCGGCCUUCUUCCUACCUCACCUUUUUAGCAGUGCUCAAAGCUAUUGCUUAUAUCAACUUGAGAUUGUGCCAGUUUUCCAUAAAUCAUAAAAAGUCAUGAAUGGUUAAAAUGUAACCUCCAUGGAAGGGCAGGACUUUGAUAUAUAUUAUUGGGCUCCCAUUUAGGAAGCCACGAGCAAUUUGGGGUAAAUGGCAUAUUCCUAAAAUUGUGAAAAGAUGUAAGUUAAAAAUAAAAAAGACUGGCAACUUAUGGGAAUAAUGAACUGCAGAAUUGAGAGAAUGGAGUUGAUUUUUUUUCAACUGAUUUUUUCCUUCAUUUUUAGGCUAUUUAUCUUCAUUUCAUAUUUUACAUUUCUUUGAAGAAGUCAAAACAUUUUUUUUUAUGUGUGCACAAUGAAAAGUUCUGAAGUUGUAAAAAGUUUGCAUGUUUUAUUUGGGUUGAUGUGCAUGUUUAUGUGUGGUUGCUAUGUAAAUGCAAUGCAAACCUUUUCAAGCCAUGUGUCUAUUUGGGGAAGGGCUUCUCAAGUGGACAAUGUCAUUUACAGAUCAAAUAUGGAGGGGAACUUCCAUCAAUGAGAGCAUUCUAUUUACUGGUAAAGUCAUUCGCCGUGACCUCCGUUACACACAAGCUGUGUGUUGGCACAACCCCAGGGCUAUCCCCCACAGCAGUCCUAGUUCAUUGUAGAAAGCGGCCUGCUACUCCUACCAUGACUCCUGUUACACGCAAGCUGAUCUUGGCUACAGCAGUCCUACUUGCAUUCUAGAAAGUGGCCUGUUACUCCCAUCUUCUCAGCAUGUCAAGGAGGACUAAGAUGAGAUCAUGGAUUUCUUAGGAUACCGUUUAAGAAUUGAGACUAAAUCUUCUGAACUCAGGCCCAGUGACCUCUGUGUUUCAGGAUAUCUUCAGGCUUCAUAGUGUACAAAAUAUAUUGCAAGCUUCCUGCAAGGAGGCUGUUGCAGCCAUUGACAAUACAUAGCUCUUACAGCGAUUCUUACUGGAAGACGAUAUGGGGCAUCAACAUCCCAAGGUCUCUUGUCAGGCUCAUUGAGCGAAAGCACCAGAAUCCCCAUAUUUCAGGUUCGGCUUUGGUGUUAUGUAUUAGGAAAAUCUAUCGCCAUCUCCAUAGGGCUAGCCUUAGAGAUGCCCUUGCCAAGCUUGUAAGCUGAGGUCCACUGCGACUGUCUGUAACUCUGUAUCAGGUACAUCUGCUUAUGUCAUAUGAUACAUGUACACGUACAUUGUAUAUCUUUGGCAAGUCUGAGUCACAUACUGUAUGUCAAUUAUAUCAUCUGUUUGGAGCCGUAAGGGUGUUGGCUCGUAUCAUAUUAUGCAGAGGCAACACCUUUCUGGCUCCAAAGAGACCAUAUGGUUGCAGACAGCUGUCCAGCCCAUAUGGCAAAAUUCAGGUUAACUGCGUAGGCUUUAACAUGCGUCUUAAGACCAAACUAGGACUAGAUUUUGAAUUUUUGCGAAAGGAUGAGAUAUGAUAUUAUUUUUUUCCUUUCUGAUUGAGGUUAUUAUUAAAAAAAAAAUUUUAAGCAUGUUUUCAGAAUUUCAAAAUGCAAUUUCUUUGAAAUCUAGUCAUAUUUUGGCUGUAAGAGAUAUGGUGACUCCAUGACUUCCCUAUGGAGUGGAGUAGGUCUGAAGGUGAACUUCUAAUAAUCAUCCAAGCUUACUUUAUCAAACUGAUCUAUGUCAUCUCUGGUAUUUCUUUUAAUUUUUCAUUUUUACCAUGAAUUCAUAACUUCACCUAAACAUUCCACAGAAAAAAGGCAAAGCGCUACUGUACAGAUUAUUUAUCUAUCUAGGAGAGUUUCACCCUUCCCACUUGUAUUGCAGUGAUCUAUUUACUGGUGCUUUUUUGGCAAAUUUUGAUUCAUGCUUUUGCAAUCAGGGGUUCAUAUAUUCUUUGCUCAGUGCUACCAUAUCUUUCAGAAGGCACUUUGGCUUUUCUCCAUCCAGGACUGUAGCUGAUUGUGUAGUUUAAAUUGUCAUUCGUUGUCUCAAUUCUUAAACUUGUGCAACAUUGUUAAUGCAACACAAAAUGUGAGAUAAUGUUUUUCUAAUCAUGGGAUGUUUAUGCCAUCAUUGUCGCACUGUUUUCUCAAUGAAUAAAUUGAUGAGAUUGCUUGUGUGGGACGGAAGGGGAUGGAUGGAUGAUGGGGAAAGUAACAUUUUUCAAAAUGGCAUAUUAUUAUUGAGAUAAAGUGUACAGUUGAUUCUAAAACAGAAAUAAAAACAUUUUGGACAUGUGCAUUCAAGCAUCCCUAGAUUAUGACCACAUCAGCAAAAUGCCAAAAUCCAUUACAGAAAUAAAUCGGUACUAUCUUUGUUAGACAAAUAUGGCAUUGGAUAUGAAAUAUUAAUUGGUAAUGAAAUGAAAGCCCAACAGUUAACGUCGAUUCUGAAUUAAUGGGGAGAGAACAACUUUGUAUAGUUCUCUGAAUAUUGUACAAACUUUAGGUUUAUAUCCAUUCUAUGUCUUGCCCUUGUAAAUAUGAGUUUUUAGUUCAUUUUAGAUAACAUGCAUGUUUUUUUUUAACAUUCUAGUGUUUUUUCCUGAUAUUGGUACACUUUAUAACAAAGAGUUGCCUUAUUUCUUUACUUAUGUUAGUCAAUCUAUACCUACGUGUGUUUGAUAUAUAUGUAUUCUAUGAUUCUCACUGUUUUUCUAUCACAUUUUACACUCUGUUUACUAAAUAUUUGACUGUUGGUCGGUUGAUGCAGUGCGUCUGAGUAACAUUGGUAUGUGGUUAUGGGUCGUGUGUUCUUUUGACGUUGGAUAAAAACACUAGUGAUAGUUGGUCGUUUGACCAUUGGAAUUCACCACUGUGGAGUAGAUAUACAUGUAUAUUUUAAUUUAAUUUAUUUCACCCACUUACGUAGCAGCAAGUAUGCAAACUUAUGAAGGAUAAAAGCAAACUUAUGAAGGAUAAAAGCAAACUUAUGAAGGAUAAAAGAACCUUUUUAUCUUGAUUUGAAGUUAAGAAGAGAAAGCAGUAAUGACUCCUCAAUGUGCAUUAUUGAACUCUAUUUUUAAUAAUUUUAAUUUAUUUUGUUUAAUCGAUCAACAUUGAUUUUUAAUUCUCCACAAGUUGAAAGUUUGAUUUUACAGGUUGAACCAUCUAGAGGUCGUGAUUUGUGUACUGUUUAAAGUAAGGUUGUGGUGUGACAUGUACAGAGAAAUGCCUCGUUCAUACGUGCUGUUGUAAACCGUCUAGAAGUCAUGUGAAGGGAUGAACAUGAGUCGCUGAGUGCGAGAAAGGCCCUAGUCUAUUCAAUUCAAAAGUUCGAAAUAGGAGAAAUUAACUUAGUUUUUCGGCUUAGAUAGGAUACUUGGCCAACUUUGGUAUUCAGUUGAAUCUUUUGGGCUUCGGCUUAGAACUUUACUCUAAAUUUAAGACAGCUCUCUAGCAGACUUAAGCAAAAUAUUUUGGAUGCAUUGUUUGGCAGGCAUGAUUUUGUCACAAUGAUUAUCGGUACCGUAUAAAGUGUUUUUAAGUAAAAUGAUCAUAUGUGAUCGAAAUACGAGUCAAAUACACUGUAUUGUAUGAACAUAUUACUUAGCCAAGUAAAAUACUGACUUAAUCCACAUGCUUUAUUGAAUACAGGUAUGGCUCGCGGUACUUGCAUACUUCUGUGUUGAAUAAUUCAUAAAUGCAAAGUGUAUUACACUUUACUUUCCCGCUGUGUUCUCACCAGGGCUCACGACGAUAUUACCCAUCACGUAUGAACGAGGCUCCAGUUAUUCAAGUAUGUAGAGUUCAUGAUGUAUGUAUACGUGUGAUUUUUCUAUUCAUGCACAAUGUUAGGUAGGUACAUUUAGAUAGGUUUUUAUGGAGAGUAUAACCAUUGUUACCAUUAUUAUACGCUAUUUUCAAGUGGACGAGGAGAGAUAAACCAACGGAUAAACAAAAAAUAUGUUGAUGUAUUUACAGGAUGUAGUUUGAGACAAAACAUGAUGAUAAAUGCAUGGUUAUAAAAACCGAAA